AUGCGCACAACAAACAGACGUAGCUCACUCACAUCACGCCACAAAUCUACUUCUGCCAUUGCGAGUAUUACAAACACAACUGGUUUGAUGGAGUUCGUGGACACCAGCGCUCACGAGAAAGAUAGUGGCAUCGGAAGAACUGAUGAAAGUACCAAAAAUGAGGAUAGUUCUGAUGAGAUGGAAAAUAUUGAGAAUCACUUCAGCGAUUCGGCUCCUGUUAGGCACACAAAGCCCAUUCAUCUCAACAAUCAUUACCACCAUCAUCCUCAACAUCAACAUUUUCCAGAUUCCCAAUCGCAAACGACGGUAUAUCUGACUCAAAUUCCAAUUAAUCUGCACCAUCAACAACUCCAACAACAACAAACACUUUUGCAACAACAUCGACAACUACAACAACAUCGACAACUACAACAACAUCAACAACUGCAACAAACGCGUGAUUUUAUAUUGUGUCCUGUUGAAAAUAGUGGCUACUAUCGUUUCUAUCAGGAACCAAAUAUAUCGCCGAAGAAGAUAAACUUCAGCAAGCUCGAGAACGUUCACCAGCUCAACAACUACAACGCAAGCCAGCGCGACAAACAUCACCCAGCCCACAACAAUCACAACCUACACAACGGCACUAACAAUAGCGUUUGCAUUUUAAACAACACCAACAGCAAGCAGAACAGUGGAGCUAAAAAAGAUUUGAAGGAAGCAUACAUCAUGCAUGACAGUUGCAACACUAAUAAACCGUGGAUAUCUGGAGUAAUUGCCAAUCAGAAAACUUGGUUUAGUGAUGUCGAAAGUUAUAUUUACGACCAGCAACAACAACAACAGCAGCAACAACAAAAAUAUCACCUACCACGCUAUCUUGCUAAUAAACAAAUUCAACAAAUGUAUCACUACUACAACCAAUUUCAACCAACAGUUGGCAACAAACUGUUGAGAAAACGAGAUGAACAGUUGGAAGAAUUGGAAAGAAUGAAAUGCCAAUGCCAGUGGAAGUUGCUCGAGUUACAAAUGUUGAGAAACAAAAAAUGUGUUGGCAACAAUGUUGCUGUAGAUGACAACUGCGUCUCAUAUCAGUUAAAAAAUAAUUUCAAUGACAUUAUCAACAACAACAACUUACAGUCUAACAACAAUAACUCCAGUAACAUCAACAUCAACGAGGCAACUUCAAAAUACUUCUUCCUACAACAGCCCAUAAAACCUUCAUAUCAAGGUAUUAAACAACGAUCUAAAAGCAGCGAGAUUGAUUAUUAUGCUAAUGACCGAUCUGCACUUUAUAUUUCGAAUCAACAUAAUUGCAACAACUGCAACGGCAACUGCAACGGCAACUGCAACGGCAACUGCAAUUGCAAUAGCAACUGCAACACUAAUAAAAAUGUUAUUGACGAGGAUAAAAAAAUCUAUAAUAACAACAAACAAAACAAAAUUAACAACGUUAUUAUAAAUAAUGCAAAAACUAAUAUUAACAACAACAACAAUAAAGUCAUUGGCAAUAUAAAUAGUAACAAUAAUGACAACAACAACAACAAAAACAACAUCUGCAACAGCAAUAAGAAAACGAGGAACGUCGACAGAUCACACGCAUCAGUUAACUUGAGUCCAUUCCGAUAUGCAUAUCCUAAGAUGGGAAUAACCCAGUUGGAACAAUGCAUGAAACUCUUUCAAAUAAACUCUCAGGUAUUGAAUGAAAACAUCGCAAAUAACAUUUACACUAACAAUUUUUACAACGCAAGACAGGUUCAGGAUUUAAGUAAGGGUUUUUCAAAUAUCAACAACAAUGGAGAUAUCACUACAGCUAGUAUAAAAAACACAUCUCAUAACUCAAUUUACGAAAACAUAAAACAUUUCAACUUAAAUUUAAACGUCAACACUUUAACUGAGAUUCAACAUUAUCCACAAACACAGCAACAAAUUCAGCAGCAGCAGCGACAAAAACAACAGCCACGUACAAGCGACAACUUCAUUAGUUCGCCCGCACGAUACAAACUGCAUAAUGGCCGAAUAUUGAGGGUACCACUCGUUGCUAAGCAAGUCGCCAAGAUUGAUGACCCACAAAACUAUAAAAACAAAAACACUCUAUCAGACGACGCAAUGAACAACAACACAAACAACAUUAUCACGAAUAACAACAUCAACAACAGCAACAUAAACAACAAUAAACUCCACAGCAAUAGCUCGAACAACAGUAAAAAUGUCAUGCCCCAAAACACUAACAGCCUUAAUAUACACAACUUGAUUAACAAUAAAACUAUCCAAAACAACACAAACAACAACAACAAUUAUAGCAUAAACAACAACGUAAAGGAUAAACAUACCAAGAGAACAACAUGCAGUAGACGGGAUGAUAACGUGAGUGAGUUUGUUAAUGAGCGAGACAUCACCGACGAUCAGUGCAUUGAUCGUAAUGAAUGUGAUCCGAUGAAAACUGAUGAGCAGACGGAAAACAAGCUAAAAAACAACAAAAACAACAACAGCAAUACUAACGAAAAUAAAAAAAUUUGUAAGAAAAAUAAUAACGUGAACAAAAUUUACAGCUCCAUCUUUAAUAAUCGGAUCUUUCGAACGGAGAAACGUGAUGUGAAAGGGCCUGUUGGAAAUAUUUACAAUGAGAAGAAAAACUCCAGUGCCGAUCAUGCCAAAAAAAAUUCUCUUGCCUGCAUUGCUACUAACCAUGAAGAUAGCACUAACAACAACACAUUAAAAACUAUCAACAAAAACUCCAAUGACAUUAAACAUAAUAGCAGCCAAAACCAGAGAAUCAACAUUUUAAAUUCAUUUUACGUCAACGGAGACGAUAUUCAACAGAUCCUUAAUUUUAAUAAUCCUAACAAAAAUACUGACAAAACGUUUGAGAAUAAUCCAAUUGUCAAAAAGAAACAAUCUAUAGACUGCAAUAACAACAACAUUAACAAUUUCAAUGACAUCAACAACAUCAGUCUCCAUCACAACAACAACAACAACAACGACAACAACGACAACAACAACAACAACAACAACAGCCUAAAAAACAUGAACAUCAAAUACAUUAAUACCAACGACAUGAACAAUAAAAAAAAUACUAACAAUGGCGGAAAUCAAUGCUUAGUGGAUUCCUCAGAACCGAGUUAUUUAUUAUCUAGGAGUCCCAAGUCUAAAAAAGAAAAAUUGAAUUUCAGCAAACAACAACAACAAAAUCAACCACCACCACUACAACAACAAAAAUUCCAUCAAUUGUUACAACAGCAACAACAACUAAAUGAGAGAAUGGAAAACGAAUCAAUAAAUAACAAUCAAUAUGCGGUUCCUUAUAAUGUCAACGACGACAUUCAGAACAAUAAAACUCCCAAUGUAACCUCAUUCCAUUGCAUUGCUGCCAGCCAUCUUAAUGUCUUUAACAAUGCAAAUAACACUGGAAAGGGAAAUGUUAAUGAAAAUUUCUGUCACAACGACUCGAUAUACUGCAACACUUCAAACUCUUUUCCCCUUCCUAAUGACGAGAUGGCAGUCAAUACAUAUCAGCAUAAUGAAGAUUGCAACAAUAACAACAACAGUAAUAGUAAAAACAACAUCAAUAAUAAAAACAAUUACUUUCUUCGUAAUAUCAUCAACAACAACAUCGACAACAUCAACAACAACAACAGUAGCAGCAGCAGCAGCGGCCACGCAAACGGCACCGCCAAAAACAAUAACAUUGAUGAAUGCUACAAUUCCUUUUUUUACGACGCAGAAUUCAACAAAAAUAAUUUUUACGACGCUGAAAAUUGCAAUAACGCGUUUCAAUUAUUUUACGAAAAUAUUCACGAAAAUUUCCAGCGAGCAAAAAAUCACGGUGACAGAAUGUUUCAGCGGAGGUUCUCAAUGUCAAAUGCCGACAUCAAGAACAACAAUGUUUCCUUUUUUGGUGACAAUAAUGACAUUAACAACAACAUCAACAAGGACGCAAACAGUCGAGAUACUUUUGAAUCUUUUCCAGACAUCAUAUCCGCCAGCAACCAGCAGUGCAAGUUGGCGAUGGAGAACAUUAAAAAUGCCAAUAACAGCAGUUAUCUGCCUGACAAUAAUUGCAUUAUAAACGAUUGCAUUAAAAGAAAUACUAAAAACAAAAGCCCUACUAACAAAAGCAAUCCUUACUCUAACAAUAACAAUGACAUUUACUUGACCGGCAACAAUUUUUAUGCAAGCAAUAAAAUCUGCCAUAAUUACCAAACGAUAGACAGACAUGAUUAUGAUUCCAGCAAGUUCGGUGAAGAAAGCGAUUGUGAUUACAUUGAAGUGGAUGAAAUUGUUUUCAAUAGCAGCAACAACAGCACCAGCAACUCUAACCAAAACACCAUCACAAAUGCCGCCACAACUCAAAAGUCAGUUUCAUCAUUAAUGACGACAUCUACAGCUACAACAAAUACAACAACAAACUUGCAUUCGUCCAAUCGCAGUAAUUGUUAUUUGAAUUCUUCAAAUUUAACCGAAGCUAGUCGGGAAAAUGUAAAAAGUACAAUGAAACAACAGAAAAAACUACUUCUCAGAGAGCGAGCCAGACAGUUUGAAGAGGAAAGAAGCUCGAAGAAAACAAGCAGAAACAUUAGAAACAUUAGCACAACAGUCAACAACCACAACAGUAAUGAAAUGUUGAGCAGUGGAUAUUACGGGACAGGAUUUGGUAAUUACAACAACAUAAAGACCAUUUCAUCUUCGUCAUCGGAAGAUGACAGCGCUUAUUACGACAGACGAUCGGACGUUCACAGACGCCAAAGGAAAAAAUUAAAAAAUUCAUCAAACAAUUUAACAAGAAUGACUGACCAUAAUUGUAACAUCAACAAGAACUUCGACAGCAUUAACAACAACAUUACCAACAUUUCGUUUGACAAAUCCUUUUUUAUAUCCAACCAACAAAAGCAUUUUCUCUUUGCCGAACAGCUCGCAAAGUUUCGAAAGUACAACACGGACACUGAGAUCAUAGCUGCCAAUAUGUUGAACCACGAGAGAAAAAAAUUUUACUCUCCUGUCCGCUGGCCACUUAACCUCUCAAAAGUUAGCGACACGUGUGGAGUUGGAAGCAGUGGUAGCAGUAGUGGUGGAACGUCUGCCGGCGAUGCUACACUUAAUCAUCAGAUAACUUCUGCUACAACUGUCUAG